AUGGCAACACCCAAAUCCAAGUCGACCGGAAACCCCGGUGAUCUCAUCUCUGGUAUGGAAAACCUUGCUAUUGGUACUACCAGAGGAAUGCAAGAAACCCUCGAUGGUUGUCCCCCAAGACCAGGCUACGGUACUGCCGGGAAGGCUAUCGACGUUCACGCCAACAUGUACUUGACUAGAUUCAAGAAUGAAGGUGCCCUCGUCGAUCACUACGAUAUCGAGAUUAACCCUGUCGUCAAAGUCACCGGUCAAAAAAAACCUCGAGCUCUCCUUCAACAAGUAUGGGAUCAAAUGGUAAAGGAAGCCAAAGGAGAACUUAAGAAGGCUCUUGACGCUGCCGCAUACGACCAAGUUAAGAGCUUCUAUACCCCUUAUCCGGUCCCCAUGCAAGGUGAUAGAUGCGAGGUCAUGAUCGCCCUCAAGGAAGAUGGUAAGGAUCCCAAAAGUGACACCAGAAGGUUCAAGGCGGUUAUCCAAUUCGCUCAAAAAGUAGACUUGCAAACCAUCGUUGACUAUGGUCAUGGUAACAAGCAAACUGAGCAAGCUCGAGCUACAAUGCUCGUUGCGAUCCAAGCUAUGAAUGUUCUUUUCAGGCAAGAUCCAGCGAAGAAAUACACCAUGUCUGGUGCUGCUGGACGAAGGUUCUUCUCGGAAGAGGGUGGUUAUCCCCUUUCCAACGGUGGUGUUCUCUACAGAGGAUUCCAACAAUCGUUUCGAUGGACCUCUGCUCAAUUCCCGGCACUCCAAAUCGAUACGGCUUACUCGGCUUUCAUUGAGCCUGGCAUGCUACCAGAUGUUUGCGCAAAACUUCUCGGUAUGGGAGGUGGUGGUGGCGGUGGAAGAGGCGGAAGGGGUGGAAGGGGAUUUGACAGAGGUGGAAGAGGCGGUAGAGGUGGUCUUCCUCAACAAGGCGGACACGUUCCUUCGAUCCAAGAUCUCAAUCCCGGUCAAAUCAGGAAGUUGAACGAAUAUCUCAAGAUGGCGAAGUUUAAGGUCACCCACAGGGCCACCGAUCGUAUCUUCACGAUGACAAAGAUCUCGUCACAACCUGCUGAGGCCCUUAAGUUCAAUCUUACGGGUAAAGAUGGUAAGCCUGAUCGACAAGUCUCUGUUCCUCAGUACUAUAAGGAAGUAUAUAAUAGACAGGUAACCAAGCCCCGAUUGCCUUGUGUGCUAUACGGCAAAAACAACUAUAUUCCCUUGGAAUUCGUGAAGCUCGAACCAUUCAACAAAAUACCAAUGCCCCCUCCCGAGCGAGAAGCAACAAUCAACUCUUGGCGACUUAAGCUCGACUACAGUAACUUGCCAAAGAUCAAAGCAUGGGGUGUGGAAGUCAACAAGAAUAUGAUGACUGUUCCUGCAAGAGUCCUCAAUCCACCCAACGUCCUAUAUGGACAAGGUAAGAGCCUGCGAGCAAAUUUUGGUGGAUGGAAUUUGAAGGCUGUUCAGUUCUCGAAACCUGGAAAACCUCUCAAGUCUUGGUCUGUUGUUUCGUUUGACGAUAGAUGCACCGUCCAAGAUAUGCGUGAGUGUACAUAUACCCUUGACGGGUGCUGUAAGGUCGAAAAUCGACAACCGGACUGCUUCACCUGGGAUCCGCACGGUAAUGCCUACCUCGGCGGGAUUAAGGCUGGGCUCCAAGAGGCGGCUAGGAAAGCCUACAUGAAAUCAAAGAUAAAUCCUCAAUUGAUCGUUGUUAUCAUGCCGAAAAAGGAUGUUCCUAUGUACAAGGCAAUCAAAGCCAAUGCCGCCGAAGGACUUCUGAAACCUGUGGUUACCCAAUGCCUACAAUCCGCGAAGAUUAAGAGUGAUAGAGGUAUGGAUCAGUACUGUGGUAAUGUGGCCAUGAAAGUUCACGCCAAGCUCGGUGGCAUCACUCACGUUGUUGGACAUGGAAUCGAAAAGAACACCAUGAUGGUUGGAGCGGAUGUAACUCAUCCUCCUCCCAAAGAUGGUCUACUUUCUCCUUCAAUCGCUGUCAGCAUCUCAGCUAUCAACGGUGAGAACAACAAAUUUACGCCAGCAAUCAGACAACAAGCAGGAAGGGUAGAAAUUAUACAAGAUCUCGAAAAUAUGAUGUACGACCACAUCGUUACAUUCGAGAAGAACACAAAAACCAAGCCAGAGAAAAUCUUGUUCUUCCGUGAUGGUGUUUCCGAAGGACAGUACGCCCAUUGCGUUCAGUACGAAGUAGAGGCCAUCAAAAAGGCUGCUAGACGAUUUGGGAAGUACAUGCCGAAGAUCACAUUCGUUAUCUGCGCGAAGAGACACGCCAUGCGAUUCUUCGCAGCAAAAGACGAAGACAGAGAUAGGACUGGAAAUCUUCCUCCCGGUACCAUCGUCGACAAACAAGUGACUUCACCUAUGGUUCACGAUUUUUACCUCCAAGCUCAUGCCGGUCUUCAAGGAACAGCGAGACCUACCCACUACGUCGUUGUCGCAGAUGAAAACAAGUACACCGCCGACAAGCUACAAAAGCUUGUGAACGACUUGUGCUAUACUUUCGCCCGAGCUACACGAUCUGUCUCGCUUGUUCCGGUUGCUUAUUACGCCGACAUCGUCGCUGAAAAGGUCCGAGACUGGGUAUACAAUGAAGACACUAGUACCGAAGCUGCUUCCACUGCUCCCUCGUCUGGUGCAGGAGGAAAGAGAGAAACGAUGACUUUUGACCCUCUCAGAAUCAAAAAACGAAUUGAAGCCGAUGCGGAAUUCAACAAUGUCGGUUGGUAUAUGUAA